GCUUUUCUUGCAGUUCAAACACGGGUAACCGAUGGAGUGCCGUCUCUCCCGUAACGUUUUUUUCCGCAGCUCUGCUUCUUGCCUCUUCUCUCUCCAAUCAUCGGCAGAGUUUUCGUCUCCUUCGUCUUCUCUUAUCUUCGAAGAAACCGAAGCGACCGCUUCGCGACCUCGCCCGAGCAUUUAGGGCUCUCGAUCCGCUCUGUGAUAAGGAGGAGGGAGCUGAAGGAGAGAGAGGGAGAAGAGAUGCGUCCCAGCCUUUGCCGGAGCUGCCUUGCCUUCGCCCUCAAGUUCUUGCACUUCUUACAGACCUUCGUCGGCGCCUCCGUAUUGAUCUAUUCCCUGUGGGUGCUCAAUCGUUGGCGUCGCCAUGAUUACCUCAGUUUCGAUCUCCCAGAUCUCCCAGCGCCCUGGUUCGUGUGCGUUUCGAUGGGUGUUGGGAUUUUGAUAUGUUUGAUUUCGUUGAUUGGGUAUCUGGCAGCUGAGACGGUUUAUGGAUGCUGCCUCUGUUUCCAUGCAAUCUUAACCGUCAUGCUUAUUGUACUAGAAGUGGCUGUAGUGGGGCAGCUAAUGCUAAAUAAGCACUGGGAAGAGGAACUUCCGUAUGACUCCACUGGAGAACUAAAACAUCUACGAGUGUUUAUAGAAGAUAACAUGGAUAUUUUCACAUGGGUUGCUGUUUGUGUCAUUGCUACUCAGGCUCUCUCACUUCUGUUAACACUGAUAUUGCGUGCCACGACUGCUCAUAGAAGGGUUACAUACGACAGUGAUGAAGAUUUUGUUGUAAUUAGGCAACCACUUUUGGAUCCAAAAGGGGUAGGGCCCUCAACCUCAAUUGACGUCAGGAGAUCUUACUAUGACAAUUGGAAUUCUAGGAUGAGACAGAAGUAUGGGCUCAACCAAAGUGAAUUCUCACAAGUCUCUCUGGAUCCAAAACCCUGCAUUUAAGAUGGAUACAGGAAAAGGAAGAUGGUGACAUAUCCUGUAAGCAGUAGAUUCGGAACUGAAGCUGAUAUUGUAGAACAUGUUUGGCAGGUAAAAAAGAUGUGUAGUCGCUUGUAUCAUAUUUAUUGUCAUUGUCCUGGACUCGUGUCCAUGUGGAGCUCUGCGGGUAUCAUGCUGCUUAUAUCUCCUUUUUAUGAUGUC